AUGGAACCGUUCGAGUCACCCGAUAGCACCACCGAAGGAUCUUUACCCCCUCCAGCCUCUGUGCGGGAGAAAAAAUGGAAAGAGAAAAAGUAUGAGAAAUGCAACGCGGUUUUCAGAGCUUUUACCACCAGAGAUGGCCUGAUUGGAGACGUGGACUAUGGCUAUCUUUUCAAACCAAAUUUGCCAUUCACCAAACUCAACCAAACCCAACCACCGUUUUUCGGCGUCUACGAGAAGAUGCCUAUACUAUUGGCGUGUUUGCUGGGACUGCAACAUGCUCUGGCUAUGAUGGCAGGAUUGAUUGCUCCAGUUAUCAACUUCUGUCUGAUUGCUAAUUUGACUACCCAAGACAAAGAAUACUUGAUUUCUGCGACUUUUAUCACCGGCAGUAUUUUAUCACUGGUGCAAAUCAAACGUAUCAAAAUUCCUUACACAAACUAUUUCAUUGGAACUGGCACCGUCUCGGUGUUGGGUGUUACAUUUUCAACUGUACCUGUCUUUGCAAGUUCGCUGCCCAUCAUGUACAAAAACGGGUUUUGUCCAGUCGCCGAAGACGGUACUUACCUGCCGUGCCCCGAUGCAUAUGGCGCCUUUUUGGGCACUGGUGCUCUGUGCGCUUUGAUUGAGCUUCUUAUGGCAUUCACUCCAAAGCGAAUCCUGCUCAAGGUUUUCCCACCUAUUGUCAAUGGUGUGGUCGUACUUUUAAUUGGUAUCUCUUUGGUUCCAAAUGGUAUGAACCAGUGGGCUGGAGGAACCGGUUGCAAAGGUGAGGGUCUGCUAUGUCCUAGUGCUGAUGCACCGCAUCCUCACCCUUGGGGCUCUGGACAGUUUAUUGGGCUCGGAUUCAGUGUCUUUGUUACGAUUAUAAUCUGCGAAAAAUGGGGACCGCCCUUUCUGAAGUCCUGUGCUGUCAUCGCGGGGCUUCUGGUCGGCUGUAUAAUUGCUGCCGCUUGCGGUUAUUUCACCCACGAACAGAUCGAUGCUGCUCCAAGCGGUCAAUUCUUGUGGUUACGCACAUUCAAGCUGACGUUGUAUGGUCCGAUCGUCCUACCCACGCUCGCAGUAUACGUUGUCUCCGUAAUGGAAUCUAUCGGUGAUAUCACAGCAACUUGUGAAGUAUCGCGUCUACCGGUGCAAGGACCUGAGUUUGAUUCACGUGUACAAGGCGGCAUUCUGGCCAGCGCCUUGGCUUCAAUAGUCGGAUGUUUGAUGACCAUGUGUCCCAUGGGGUCUUUUGCACAAAACAACGGUGUCAUUGCUAUGACACAGUGUGCUGCUCGAUAUACGGGGUACUUUGCCUGUAUGUGGUUGUUCAUUAUGGGUGUCGUCGGAAAGUUCAGCGCUUCGGUCGCGGCUAUCCCCGAUCCAGUAAUUGGCGGUAUGACAACAUUCCUUUUCACAUCGGUAGCAGUUUCUGGUCUCAGCCUCAUUUCAAAGUCGAAGUUUACUCGCCGAGACCGCAUUGUCUUGACAGUGUCCCUGAUGUGGGGCCUCGCCUCAGUGAUGGUUCCAGACUGGUUCGAGGGCGUCUUUACCUAUAAGGGCGACAACUCCGGCACCAAGGGCUUUAUUGAUGCAAUCAUCAUUGUUGUACAAACACCUUACGCAAUUGGUGGUCUUGUUGCCAUGAUCGCGAACCUUGUCUUCCCUGAAAUGGAAGACGAUGUAACAGGGGGUAAGAAAGACGCUUUUGACAAUGCAGCAUCAUCGCUCGGGGCCAUUUCUGUUCGCUCUGAGUUUGAAAGCGUAUCCUUAUCUCGUAAAAACGUGUAA